AUGAUGUCAAGUAACUUCUCGUGUUGGGACUUUUAUUCUAGUAUUAAAGUGGAAGGCCGGAUUCUCUUGCUCUGGAGGAAGAAUUUUGUUAAUGUUGAAGUCAUUGAGCAUUCCAUGCAACACGUUCAUUGUCAUAUAAAAAUGAUAGGUCAGAGAAAAGAUUACUUUGCUACUUUUAUCUACGGAGCAAACAACGUAGAAGGCAGGGGGAAUGAUAUUACUAACUCUGAGCUUGUGGACUCUAAUAACUGGAUUGCUCAGUCUUGUGUUGGGCCUAUGAAGCGCAGGGGUUCGACUUUCACUUGCAAUAAUAAGCAGGAUAAUAGGAUAUUUUCUUGUAUUAACCAUGUGUCUCACAACGAGGAGUGGGUUGAUGAUUUUUUGAAUACAUCUGCUCAUUUCUCUUGGGAGACUUGUUGUGAUCAUUGUCUUUGUGUUGUUCAUUCACUUUCUACAGAAAGUAUUGGAAGCAAACCGUUUCGGUUCUACAACUUCUGGAUUGAUCAUCAGAAUUACAAGAAAAUUGGGAUUUAUCUAAAAACCACGAGACUCAAGCACAAGUUAAAAGCCUUCAAUAGGCACUUGAUUGGGAACAUUGGCAAUGCUUAUGAGAAGGCCAAGGAGAGUUACAAAGAGGCUCAGUUCCAAUGUCAAGCUAACCUGAACAACAAUCAUUUCCUUGAGUUGGAGCGUGCGACUGCUAACCAUUUUUACAUUCAGGAAAAAAUGUACUUGAACUUUCUCCACCAAAGAAGCAAGGUUAUUUGGAUUCAAAAAGGAGAUAGUAACACAACUUAUUUUCAUGCCAUGUUGAAGAAGCGGAAUGAAGAAAACAAGAUAGUUUCGUUUAUUACCGAGCAAGGUAAUUUAAAUGAUCACUUUCCUAAUGUCAUGCAACAUUUUCUUGGCCAUUUUAAAGCCAUAAUGGGGAAAGCUAAGCCCACCUCCAUGGAGAUACACUCUGAUUGCAUAGCCAUGGGCCCCAAACUCAACCUCGAUCAGCAGUCAGUUUGGCCUGAGGUGGGGAAGGAUAUCCACAUUGCGAUUACUCACUGUUUUGACACUAAUGAGUUCCCGGAAGAGCUUCAAAGUACAACUCUCUCUCUUAUCCCAAAGAUUGAUGGUCCUUCUAAAGCUAUUGACUACCGGCCCAUUGCCUGCUGCACAACGUUAUGCAAAUGCGUUUCUAAGUAUAUUUGUUCCCGGCUUGCUAAUGCUCUUCCUUCUUUAGUAAGUCAGAAGCAGGGAGCUUUUGUCAAGGGCCGAUCAAUUGCUUACAAUAUUCUUAUACUUUACGAUGUCAUGCUUGAUGAGUUUAGCAGGACCUCGGGUCUCUCCAUCAAUUUCGCUAAAUCUGAAGUGUACUUUGGUGGAAUUGCUCAACAGAUUCCUCUCGCUCAAAAGAUAAAUCUUUCUAUCGGUGAGUUCCCUCUUAAGUAUCUUGGGAUCCCUCUCAAACCAACUAAGUGGAGACUUGAUGAUUGUGGUCCGAUUUUGAAGAAAAUUAAACUUAAGCUCCACUCUUGGGCCAAUAAGCAUUUAUCCUAUGCCGGUCGAGUUCAAUUAAUCCAAUCUACAUUGAUUGGAUUAAGGAAUUAUUGGAUGAGAGUCUUUCUUCUUCCUCAGAGUGUGAUUAAAGAGAUUGAGAAAUUAUAUCAGGCUUUCCUUUGGGGGUUGAAAGAUAAUCGAACUAGAGCCCACUUGAUAAGUUGGGAGAGGGUAUGCCUCACAAAAGCCUAUGGAGGUCUUGGGUUUAAGGAUGGAACAAAGUGA